AUGGAAGUAUCGGUGAUAUCAACGGAGAACAUCAAACCAUGGUCAUUAGCAGGAAGUGAUCGGCAUGAGCUCAAACCAUUCAAGCUGUGCCUUCUUGACCAGCUCAUGGUCUCCAUUCACUCUCCUCUCGUCCUCUUCUACACCAUGAAGGAUGAACAUCAUGAUAAGAAAUCGGUUGGCAAACGGUUGAAAGCCUCAUUGUCAAACACCUUGAACCCCUUCUACCCUCUAGCUGGGAGAGUGAAAGACAACCUCAUCAUCCACGACUUCGAAAAGGGCGUCCCCUUCACCGAAACCCGAGUGAAGGGACACUGUCUGUCUGAUGUGGCCUCUCCACGUGGUGGCGGUGGACCCAGGUUGGAGUUCCUAAACAACUUGCUCCCCUUCGAGCCACAUUGUUAUCAGGAGGAUGAAGCUGCUUCUCCACAGCUAUCGGUGCAACUGAACACGUUCGACUGCGGUGGGAUUGCGAUUGGGAUCAACCUGUACCACAAGCUCAUGGACGGGGCGACCACCAGCGCGUUCCUCCACAGUUGGGCGGCCAACUGCAGCGGCGAUAAUCCUCGGAUGAAGAAACAGCCAGAACUACGCAAAGCACGCUCGGUUUUCCCUCCUCGGGACUCCAUCCCAACUGAGGUCCAGACAUUUUCAAACAGGUUGUUCUUCGGGGAUGUGGGACGACGACCACGAAGACUGCCCGCAUCUAGGAGAUUCGUGUUCGAUGAAAAGGCUAUAGCGAUGCUGAGAACCAAGGCGGGGCUCAGCAUCACGAACCCGACUCGUCUCGAAGCUCUGUCUGCUUUCAUUUGGGAAUCGACCCUCAAAGCAGCUGAUGAGGUGGAGCAGCAGCAGCCAACGUGCCUCACUCAGGGCGUUAAUAUGAGGCCAUUAAUGAGUCAACGCUUGUCCAAACACUCCGUUGGGAAUCUCGUGACCACUGUUAUGGCGUCCUGCGCGGACAGCCCUGCAAAGUCAAUGAGGGAGCUGGUGAGUCUCAUACGAGAUGGGAACUUGAGAGUUGACGAAAACUACGUCAAUGCCAUCUCCGGUGAGCAAGGGUUGGCGGUCAUGAUGCAAGGGCAGAUGGUGUUUGAGGGGAUUAUGAGUGGAGGGAAAAUCAUGGUUUGCUCAAGUUGGAUUGGGUUCGGUUCGAACAAUUUUGACUUCGGUUGGGGGAAGCCCAUCUGGACCGGUUUGUCUGGAGACCCUAGCGGAAACCUCCCUUGCCUCAACAACAGCGUUAUUUUCAAGGAAGUAGCUCCCCGAGGGCGUGGAAGCUCUAAAGCCGUAGAGGCAUGGAUACGGCUAGAUGAAGAUGCCAUGUAUCGUCUUGAACAUGAUCCUCUCUUCCUUCAAUAUGCUUCCCCAAAUCCACCCAUCAUUCUCAACUAG